AUGCACCCCCAGGCAACGACAUUAACAGGAGCAAUAAUUCGCGAAUCAUCUCCUGAUUUUUCUUCACUUUCGCCUGAAGAACUUGAACAAUUAGAAAUUGUUCUACAAAAACAAGUUUUAAUUGAAAAUGAACAAACACAACGUUUGUCUGGUUUACGUCGUACUAUGGUACAUCUUCAAAAAACAAUUCAAAAUGAUCAACAUCGACCACGAACUUUAUCAUCACCAAUACAACAAACUCAAUCAAUAUUAACAUCUUCGGAUAUUGUUCAAUGUUAUAUUUGUUUUUCGACAAUUGAAACUAUUUCAAAUAGUUCAAAUUUUUCACUACCUAUACUUUGUUCUGAUUGUCAUCGACCUGUUUGUCGUCGAUGUGGAAAUUAUACAUCACCCGAAUGUAUUCAAUCAUACAAUGGAAUCAAUUUAGAAAAUCAAACUCAUGCAUCAAAAUGGCGUUGUCGAAUGUGUAUUGUACGUCGUGAAGUUGUCCGGAAAUCUGGUACAUGGAAUACGGCAGAAGAUGAAACAGCAAAUCAUUCACCUGUACGUUUAUUACAGAAAUUAGCUGCUUAUCGUACAUCAAUCGCUUCACCAUCGGUAUCAGCAUCAGCAUCACCAUCUCCAUCACCAUCACCACAAAUUGAACGUAAACAACCAACAAUUCUUAGUGAAUCGACAAAUUUUUUUACACGUCUUUGGCGUCCAUCUAUUCAACAAACAACAACACCAACUUCACAAGAAAGAAAUUUACCAUCAUCAUUUGAUUUUAUACCUGAACCAUCUUCUAUGUCUCAAGAUACAUCACCUAAUUUAUCAUCACCAACUAUAUUAAGUCAUCGUAUGUCAUUUAUACGUGAAGUAUCAGCAAAAAAUUCACCUUCUAAUCAAGUACCUCAACAAUCAGUAUCAAUGACAACAGCACCUCCUCCUCCUCCUCCUCCGUCAAUACCACCACUUCAAACACAACCAACAACAUCAAGUACAGUAACAGAUCCAUCAUUUGAAGAUACAACAUCAGAACAUCCAUUUGAUACUGCUAGUGAAUUAUUAUCUCAAAGUUUUGAAACAAAUAUUUAUAGUAGUAAUCCUGGUAUACUUGAUGAUCAAGAUGAUGAUCAAAGUUCUCGAGAACAAUCAUUGACAUAUGAUGAAAGACAUCGAAGACUAAGUUUAACAUCAAAACCAAUGAGACCAUUUGCUCAACAAUUAUCAUCAUUACCAAUGCGAAUUACUGAGCAACAUCAUAGUGAAAGUUUUCCUUCGCCGGAAGCUAAUAUCGAUGUUAGUAUGGCUAUGGAUUAUUUUUCUGUUUCAAUGUUAACAAAUGAAUCUUCAAAUAAUAAUAAUGCAGAAUCUAUUUUAACAGAAAAUGAAUCAGCAUCUAUGGAUAUGAUGCCUAUGGCAGAUGAUAAUAAUAAUAAUAAUCGUCGACAAUCAAGCCGUUCGCGUCAAAAAAAUUCCGAAUCAUGGGCACGUAAACGAGCAUUAAUGCAACGAGAUUAUGAAUGGACUAUGACAUUAGAUAGAGAACAAUCAAUCAAAGUUAAUAAUCCAACAACAGAUCAUGUUCUUUUAAAUAAUAUGAAAUCAUUACCAACAACUAUAACGAAUACUUUAACAUAUACAAAUCAACAAGAAGAUAUAUCAGUAUCUCCAAGAUCUGUUUCACCUAAUCCAAUUCCAAGUGAUUUAUAUCGUCGACGACGUUCAUCACGUCGUCUACCAGAAAUACCUAAUGAUACUCCAACACAUAUAAAUUCAUCGAAUGAAGAUACAAUUACAGAUGAUUUAUCAAGAACACCAUUAUCAUAUUCACCAACUUCAUAUGCACAUCAACCAUUACGAGAAAAUUCAUUUAGUAAUCGUUCAACUCGUUCAAAAAGUAUUGAUUCUGAAUCAUCAUUAAAAAGUCGUUCAUUACAUUCGAAAUUAUCCUAUACACAUCAAACACAAAAUGCUAAAUCAGUUGAUAUAUCAAAUUUAGCACGACGAAAAUCAUUAUUUAUUGUUAAUAAUAGUUUUUUACCACAACGUUCACUUGAUUAUCCAUGUAUUGUACGUAAAGGACAAGAUCUAUCUGAUAUUGUUCGAAGACGAAUGUUAUAUGCAAAAAUAAAUAAACAACAACAAGGAAAUAAUUUUUCAAUAAGUCUUGAACGUGAACACAUACCAAAAGUACCAAGAAAAAUUAUUAUACGUCAAGAUAAUAGUAUUGAAAUUGCAUUAAGUAAACCACCUAAACUUCGACGACAAACUCUAUCGGAAGAUUAUUAUUAUGGUUGUAAUAAUGAAGGUGAAUUUGCUGUAACACAAAUACCAAAUGGUUCAUCAACACUUGGUUUACCAAAUGCAUCAUCUAUAAUAAAUUCAACAAGUGGUGAUCGACGUAAAACAAUUGAAACAUGUGAAAAUAUUUAUUUACAUGCUGAGGAAAGUUCUAAAUUGCGUGCACGUACACCACCAUCAAAUCCACAUAGAAUUUUACUUCAUCGAGAUAAAAAUGAUACAUCAAUACGUACAAAUGGUCUUGGAAUGCGUAUUGUUGGUGGACAAGAAUGUGAAGAUGGUAGUCUUGGAUGUUUUGUAACAAAUAUUUUAUCCGGUGGUCCAGCUGAUGUUCAAGGAAAUAUUGAAGUUGGUGAUCAAAUUCUUGAAUUUAAUGGACAUUCAUUAAUUGAUUCGACUUAUGAAGAAGUUCGAAUUCUACAAGAUCAUUGUGGUGAUAUUGUACAAUUAGUUGUUCAACAUAAUAAUGUUCGAUUACAAAUUAAUGGCGGACAAACAUUAUCAUCUAUAGAAGUUUCAAGACAUUUUGAAACAGUUCCACGUUUAUCAUCAUCAUUAACACGAAAACGACGUAAUUUACCACCAUUACCACCAUCAUUAUCAUCUUCAUUUCCUAAACAACCAAAACGACAAUUAUAUGAAACAGUUGAAACACUUGAAGUACCCAAUGUUAAAGAACUUAAGCCAAUAUUAAUCAAUCGUGGACGUUUAUUAGCUCAAAUUUGGCAUGAUGUUGAAGACAUGAAAUUAGCAUUGACAAUUAUUCAAGCAGGUAAUCUUCCAUUACGAUCAAAUGGUGAUCAACCAUAUGCAUAUAUAACUGGUAAAAUGUUAUUUGAAGAUCGAGGUUUUGAUAUGUUUGAAACAAAAGUAAUUCAUUCAUCGAAUCCAACAUAUAAUGAAACAUUUGUUUUUCAUGAAGUUGAAACUGUUGAUGUACUUCUUCUUGAAGUUUUACUUUGGGAUAAAAAACAACCGACACAAACUAGUAAAGAUAAGAAUAGUAGUAUUGAUGAUCCAGAUGAAUUUAUUGGUAUGGUACAAUUACCAUUAGAUGAAGCUAAUAUUGAAGAUGAACCACGUUGGUAUGAAUUACGUGAUAGACAAACACGUAAAACAUCAGCAUCAAGUGUAACAUUUAAAUCAUCAUCAGCUGAAAGUAGUGAAAGUUUUCGUAAAAUGCCGCCAUUAUUAAAAUCACUUAAACAACAAGAACGUACAAAAUCAUCAACAGAUUUAUUAAUACGUGCAUUAAAUCGUUCGGCAACAAAUAAACGUGAUAUAAAAACUGAAUCACCAGCAACAAAACGAAAACAUUCAGUUGUACAAAUUAUGAGUCCAUCAUCGAAUAGAAAAAAUUUACAUCGUGCAAGUAUAGCUGGUCCAUUAGGAACAUCAGGUUUACUAUCAAAUAAUGAUCAUCAUAAUAAUGAUGAUGAUGAAAAUGAUAAGAAAGAAAAUAAUCAUCAAGAACCAAGACGUCAAUCAAUAAUAACUAUACAAUCAGAAAAACUUAAACGUCGAAUAUCAAAAGGUAUAUUAAAAUUAUUUGAUUCUCAUACAAAACAUUCAACUGAAUCAAUAUCAAAAUCACCACCACAAAGUCCAACAGGAUUAAGAAAAUUAUCUAUACACAUGCCUGCACAGAUGGAUAGUGAAGAUGAUACGGAAUUACCUACUAAUAUUAAUAUUGAUAGUUCAUCUAUUAUCAUUAAUAGAUCACCUCGACAUAGUGUUGUAUCAACAACACAUCAAGAUGAUCAAUCACCAUUAAUACGUCCAAUACCAUUACAACAAAUGCCUAUUGGACAAUUAAUGUUACCUUAUAUUCCAACAUCACGACAUUCAUCUAUAUCAGGUUCAAGAAAAUCUUCAGCUUGUUCUUAUUGUGAUGAAGAUGAAGAUAUUGAUAGAUAUUUUACAUUUUCCGACCAAGCACAAGGAGAGGAUACGAAUGAAAAUAAUAAUGUUCAAACACAUACAGUUGGUCCUGGACAAGUUACACCAAGAAAUUAUGAUAAUAUGAUUAAUGAUUUAAUACAUAUGGGACAAAUACAACUUGGUUUAAUUGUUACAAAAGGUCUCCUAGAAAUUGAUAUUAUUUGUGCAAGAGGUUUACAAAGAGUUAUUGAUGAUAAUAAUACAAAUACAACAAUUACCGAAGAUAAUCCACCGGAUACUUAUGUUAAAACAUAUCUUCGAACUGGUACACGUCGUGUACAAAAACGUAAAACAGCUACAAUAAAAGCUAGUUAUAAUCCUGACUAUCAUGGAAAAUUAACAUACAAUGCUUGUAAUGUUAUGGGUCGUCGUUUGCAAGUAACUGUUUGGCAACGUGCACGUAAAUUUGAAAAAAAUCAAUGUAUUGGUGAAGCAUUUAUUCAACUUGAUAAUCUAACAUUAACACAAUUAACAUUAGCUUGGUAUAAAUUAUUUCGAGAAAAAUUAGUCGAAAGCGAAUUUUAUGAUUCAAGUUAA